AUGUGUGGGAGGUUGGCAUAUGAUAAAAUCUAUGGUGAGAAAGGGCUUCCAUCAGUAGCUCGACAACGCUACAAUGAAGGAACACUAAAGGGAAUGGUAGAUCCAAAAUUAAUGGAAGCCGAUGAAAUCAUUUCUAUGCUAAAAGGGGGUGUCAAUCAGGAUUCUCUAGAAACGUUCUUAAAAAUUGCAUAUCAAUGUUUGGCAGAAACUCAAACCGGGCGUCCAACUAUGGAAGUCAUUAUCAAAGAACUUGAAGAAGCAUUGAAUUUUCAAAAAAACAAGGAUAACCUACAUAUAUUACUUAAAGCAAUAAAAUUGGGCACACAAAACUUCAGUGGCGGCAAUUGCAUUGGAGAAGGAAGAUUUUGGAAGCUUUAUGAAGGAGAAGUUGCGCAUGCUUACGUAUGUACCCGUGUUAUAGUAAAGCGUUGGGAUGAAAAGUAUCAUCAAGGACAUAUUCAGUUUUUGAUGGAGUUUGAAACUCUUCUCAAAUAUAAACAUGAGAACAUCAUUGGUCUUGUAGGCUACUGUAAUGAAAUGAAUGAAAAAAUCAUCGUUUACGAGCAUGCCUGUAAUGGAAGUCUCGAUAAACAUUUGGAUAAUCCUAGUCUUACGUGGAUGAAACGCCUCAAGAUAUGCAUUGAUGUUGCAACUGGAUUGCAAAUUCUUCAUAAAGAUGGUGCAAAGCAAGAGGGUUCGAUAAUGCAUAGGGAUAUUAGAAGUGGUAGCAUUCUAGUUGAUGGUAAUUGGAAUGCUAAAAUUUCUAAUUUGGAGUUCUCCAACAAAGUAUUGGUUGUUGACAGAGCUGAACAUGUGGAUGAUAUUGCUUGCACCUCGUUGGGAUACAUGGACCUAAAGUACGAAUUUGAGGGUUUCUUAACGCAACGCUCAGAUAUAUACUCGUUUGGUGUGAUUUUAUUUGAGAUGUUGUGCGGGAGAUUGGCAUGGGCAGAGGGAUGUGAGAAUCACUCUCAUUCGUUAGGACCUAUGGCUGUAAGAUACUACAAUGAAGAAGGAAACCUUGACAAGAUGAUAUUUGAGGGUAUAAAGGAACAAAUUACACCACAAUCAUUGACUAUAUUUCAAACGGUUGCCAUUCAAUGCUUAGAGAUUGACCAGGAUGAGCGGCCAGCUAUAGACCAGUUAAUAAUACAGCUUAAAAAGGCAUUGGAAUUCCAAGUAAAAAACAAAGAAAUUGAAAGAUUUACUGACGCAGUUGAGUGUUCACGACAACAAAUAUUGCACAUCAAGUGCAAGAUUACAAGUCAAAUGUUGUCAGCAAACACCCAAUAUGCGUGCAACCUUGUGUUCAAGCUUUCAGAGAUGUGUUGUGGGUUGCAUGGUCCGGUGAUUGCACGGGAUUUAUUCAAUUGGAAAAACAAAGAGACGGGAAUUCUUUAUUUUAGAUAUCCAAACCCCUGGAAUAUGCGCGAUACUGACUGGGUUCCAAGGCAAAGGAAAGAUGGAUGGAUGGAGGUUAUUGUGUGGAAAUUCAACUCAAAUUAUGAGCUUAAAAAUGAUUAUCUUUUUGUUAAUUUGAAACUCAUAACUUAUGAACGGACUAUGUCGGGCCUUAUUGCACGUAGCAUCAAGUUUCGUCCAAUCUAA